GUCCAGGCGGGCCGUGCGGGAAGAGUCACUUCCGCCCCAGGUGCGCGAGGCCGCGCGCGGCCCGCGUCUCUCGGAAAGGUCUCCACCAUUUCCUAGAAAAGAGGAGAAAAUGGCCCAGUGGCAGAGCUGGGAGAAAGGGGGCGAGGAGGUGGCUCAGCAGGUAAGAAUUCUUGCACACAAUCCUGAUGACCUGAGUUCAGUCCUUGGAGUCCUGUGAAAAGCCAGAUGUGGUGUGUCCGUACCCCGCUAUGCAGGGAGCAGGAGAAGCAGCAGGGAGCUGGCAGCCUGGCCGCCUGGAAUACAUAGUAUGACAGAAUCAGCAAGAGAAACUGUAGCCUGCUCGGGGCUUCUGCAAGCUUGAAGGCCAGGAUCAACUCACGAAAGACUUCCACAUACGUGCCCUGUCACGUGUACAGCUACAGACAUACGCACAUGCACACUCACAGACUCACGUGUAUGUGCCUUCAUGUGCAUGCACACAUGUGCACCCACGCACACACACACAGACACACAUGCAUGCACAGACACACGCACACACACACACACAAAUACAAGGGCUCCUUUGCAGCCCUCACGGUGGGUGGAUCCAGCAGACAGAAGGCUGGCAGAGGAGAUGGUGACAUUCAAGGAUGUGGCCGUGGUCUUCAGCAAGGAGGAGUUGGUCCUGCUGGACGCCGCUCAGAGGAAGCUGUACCGAGACGUGAUGCUGGACACCUUCAGGACGCUGCUCUCAGUGGCACAUGAGCCCUUCAAACCAGGUCUGAUAGCCCAGCUGGAGAAUGAAGAGAAGCUUUGCAUGGUGGAAGCCCAAGCAGGAAGCAAGGGUGGACAUGCUGUGGAAUCACACUCCUGUUGUCCCAAAGCAGUCUCCUCAUGUCAGACCUGGCCAGAAGGUGCAGGCGUGUUACCCGGAGGUCAGGGUUCCUUGAAAAGAUGUCCAGAGAGGAACACGGAGUCUCAGAACCAAGGAGAUUGCCCCUGCCUGGUGUGUGCAGGCAUGCCGGUUCAGAUUUCUGAAGAUGGGAACUAUGUGUUGCCUCCUGUAGAUGAUGACUCUGCCUCUAUGAGAAAUCAAGGGUUUCUGUCGCUGAGAGCCAAGCAGUCCUGGUGGGAGUCUUAUCUCCGAGGCUCAUGUGAUUGCCAGUGGGAAGGUCAGCAAAUGUCCAGAAGGAGUCAUUUCUGUAGGUGGGAUGGCAUCAGUUGUUUCUCCUGCCACAGGGACAAUGAGGGGUUGCACAGAAAGGAGGAAGGCUCUAGUUUCCAUGACAACAGAGAAGAGACCAUGAAGGUAUCAUCACUUAAGCAGGACUUGGUUAAAUUAGGGCCUGAGCCCUGCCCAUGUACUGAGGAUAGAAAAGCCUGGGGCCUUGGUGACAGUGAGGACCACAGCUCUCACACACAUCAGCAGUUCUCCUCAAGAGGAAAGCCCUGCACACACAGUCCACGUGCUAAGGGCUGUCAUGAGGGGUCAGCUCUUCACAGUCAUCACAGUGUGGAGACGGGAGAUGAAGGUGCUGCUGAGAGCCCUCCUCUGUGUUCCCCUCAGAGGGUGUGUACAGAGCAAGCGCUGGGCCGGGCUAGUGAGAAUGUCCAUCACGGCUCCCCUCUGAACAUCUGUGGGUGUGCCCACCCAGGCAGCGCCUCCCAGCAGUGCAGCAUCCCUGAGGAAACUUUGGGUUGUUGUUUACACUGUAAUAGUAAUUUUAGGGCCCACACUAGGGAAGAGCCCAGCAAAUAUGAGGAGAAUAGGAAUGUGUCUAAUCAGAGUUUGUAUCUCCAAGUGAAUGAGAUCAUCCGUGCUGAGGAGAAACUAUAUCCAGGUGUGGCGGGCAGAAAAGAUUUCACACACUGUUCCCAGUUUGACCCUCGUCACCGAGUUCCUGUGGAAGAGACUCUCUAUAACCCUGCAUGUGGUAACCACUUCAGUUUGCCCCCACAUUUCCAGGACUUCCCAACAGUGCAUCCCAGGGAACAGCCGCAUAAGCAUCCAUACGGUACCAGCUUCGGUCAAAAGUUGUGUGUUCAAGGCCAUCAGCAACUUCUCAUCAGAGAGAAACCUUUCAGUAAACAGGGUAGAAAUGGAUGUAACUGGAGUUCCCGGUCAAAAGAUCAUCAGAAACAGAAGCCACACAAAUGCAGCACCUGUGGGAAAGGCUUCAGUCACAGAUGGGUUCUUAACAUCCACCAGAGAGUCCACACAGGAGAGAAGCCGUACAAGUGUGAGGAGUGUGGGAAGGUCUUCAGCCAGAGUGCCUACUUGCAUGCCCACCAGAGAGUCCACACCGGGGAGAAGCCAUACAAGUGUGAGGAGUGUGGGAAGUGCUUCAGUCGGAGUUUCUACCUGCAAGGCCACCAGAGAGUUCACACUGGGGAGAAACCAUACAAAUGUGAGGAGUGUGGGAAGGAAUUCAGUCGAAAUUCCUACCUGCAAGACCACCAGAGAGUCCACACCGGGGAGAAGCCAUACAAGUGUGAGGUGUGUGGGAAGGGCUUCAGUCGGAGUUCAAACCUUCAAGGCCACCUGAGAGUUCACACUGGAGAGAAACCAUACAAGUGUGAGGAGUGUGGGAAGGGCUUCAGAUGGAACUCUAAUCUUCAAAUUCAUCAGCGGGUUCACACAGAAGAAAAAUCCUAUAAAUGUGGACAAUGUGGCAAAGGCUUCAGCAAGGCCUCAACUCUUCUGGCCCAUGAGAGAGUCCACAUGGGAGAGAAGCCUUACCAGUGUGUUGAGUGUGGGAAAGCCUACAUUAGGUCUUCCAGUCUCCAGAUCCAUUACAGAGUCCACACUGGGGAGAAGCCGUAUAAAUGUGAGGUGUGUGGGAAAGGCUUCAGCCAGCGGUCACAUCUUCAAGCUCAUCAGAGAGUCCACACGGGAGAGAAGCCCUACACGUGUGAUGCGUGCGGGAAGGGCUUCAGUAGGAACUCAGGCCUUCUGAUCCAUCAGAGAGUCCAUAGCAGUGAUAAGUUCUUCAGGAGGGAAGAGUGCAGGAGUGGGCGUCCUUCUGAGAACCUGUGCAGAAAUGAAGGCCUGUCAAAUGCUGUUGUGUUUUGUCAAUGAAAAUGUGUUUUUUAUCUCCCAUGAAUGCCAGUGCUGGUUGGGAAACAACACAGAGUAAAGCUCUACCAAGGGGUUUCCAAGAUCUCAACAAUUCGCGUGUCAGCGGGAAUUGACAAAAGUAUGAUUGUAAGCAGAAGUUUCCUCGCUCGGAGCUUCUCAGUCCCAAAUACUGGGCAGGUGCUUCCCAAAUUACCACCUGGAGUCUUCCUAUUGCUUACAAACACUUGUAAUGGCUCAGGCUUGUUACAAGCUAGAUUUACAUUUUAAGUGAACCCAUAUUCCUUAUUUACCCUCUGCCAGGUGGUGGUUCCUUUUUUCAGUAUAUUGCACCCAUCUUGGUUUCUCCCCAUCUGGCUUGUGUCUUCGGAAUCUGCCCCUCUCCUUCCCAGGAUCCUUAGUUUCAUCACCCUGCCUAUACUUCAUGCCUGGCUACUGGCCAAUCAGCAUUGUAUUAAGCCGGUUGGGAUGAGAAAGAUUAUUCCACAGCAUUCGUCCCUUUUUGUCUAAUUAUAAAGGAAGGGUUGAUGAUACAGAAUUGACUUUAUUACUCUUUCAGUUACAAGAAAUAAUCAUUAAUAGGAAUCAUCCCUUAUAUAACAUAUUUACCACACACAGCAUAAGGUAAUGAUGGAAUUGAUUAACUAUUGCUAGGAAAUGUGCUAGAAGCCUCAGAAUUUCAUAGAAAGCACCAUGCCAGUAGCAAUUAUUUGAAAAAGAUUUUCCAUCACUUGGCAGCAAGCCAAGGAAAUUAUAAGGAAAUGCCCAGCUUGUUUUUGACAUAGCCAAACUCCAUUCCUGCAGGAAGUAACUCAUAAGUUACUCAAAGAAAUGACAUUUGGUUGAUGAAUUUGUUUCAUUUAUCAGAAUUUGGAAAAUUAAUAUGUUCAUAGGUACAUACAUACCAUAGAUACUUAUUCAGUAUUUCAGUGAGCAACUGCUUCGAGUUCUAAGAUGGUGAUUCUGUUAGAAGUCAUGGCCAUCAUGGGUGUACUUGUAUGAAUUAAGACUGACAGUGCUUUAGCAUAUGUUUCUAGUAAAAUGAAACGGUUUUCUGCAUAUCAUAAUAUAAAGGUACUGAAAUAAAUCAGCCUGUAUAUUUAAAGAUGUGUUGACCCCCAGAAUGGAAACCAGGACAUGUGUUAUGUUGGGGAAGAUGUUUUGCUUUUGUUUCUACAAGAAAAGAAAAGCUAUGGAUACCAUCAAAAUUGGUAAAGAUUAGAUUUGAACAGGAGAGACCUCUUAAAGUUGAAGAGAUGAUAGUUCAUCAAACAGUGUGACCAGUCAAUCUAAACGAGUUUAUAAGACUAACAGAUGCUUUUCAUUUGAUCAGAUGUAACUUGACAAAAAUGGAACCUCCCCCAAAGCCAGGGUUGGGGAAUGGUUUUGUUUUUUGUUUUCAAGGGAAUGAAGGCAUCCAGCUAAGGAAUCUGAAGACCACUUGACAGAUGAGACAUCCAAAGAAAAAGGACAAAUCGUCCAGAAAAAUGUCCCAAGAAAGAGUAAAUUGGCCUAUUGGUAUAUCACAUUUCCAACAGGAUAAAAUUUUAUAAAUUUGCCCAAAGUUUCUGCUGUUCUCCAUAGACAUAUAAUGCAGUGGUCUUUUUGUGGUCCUGAUUCAAUUAGAGAUCAAAGCUGGCAUUGGAGUUGGAGUGUGGUUCUCUCCUCUAAACCCAAGCAUGCUUGAUAAAGUAAAAUCCAAAAUCUCUGUCUCGUGUCAAGAGAGCCGCCUGAUAUGGGGCAGAAGAAAAAAACAAAAGUUAAGGGACUAUUGCAUUGCCACUAAUCUCAUAAUCCUUUGAUUUUAUUUUGACAUUUAAAAUGUUUUCUUAAGGUAUAAAUGUCUCCAAUUAAUAAGAUUACUAUAUGUGUAUUUUAAACUUUGUCAUUAUAUAAAUGUUCAUUUAGAGUACUAACUCUAGAAAAAUGCUUAUCUAGCUUCCUGUAUAUGAUUUAGGGUUAGAAUCUAUCAGGUAACUAGGAGUUAAGUUUUUUGUAUUCUGGAUGUAUAUAACAAAUUGUGGUCCCUUUUCCUUUUUGAGAUCUGCUGCAUAUGACUUUUAAAAUAAUUGUGUAAGUUUUCUGCACUGAGCCAAUACCAUCCCCAACAGCAACCUUUAAAGUCAACAGAAGGAGGCUGUAGUGAUAGCACUAGCCUGGCAAACAGCACCCAAAGACAGGCCGGGAACUACAAAGUGCUCAGGACAAUUCCAAGGUGGCUUGUUGAGAUGAUCCAGCCUCACAGACUACUCCAGCCAGGACUUGAGACGAGCCCUGCACUUUCCCACUAUGCAGAGACUGGACAACAAAUGAUACAGUUAGCUCUCCCAGCACUUGAUAAUUUUCCCAUUUUUUCAGAGUCCCUGAAAGACGCUAUUGCCUCGAGACAGCAGGAAGUAACUUUCUGAACACAAUGCCUGCAUUCCCAAGAGGUGGAGGCCUGUUUGUGGAUAUUUGUCAUUGUUUAAGGUGGUUGCUUACUACUUAGUAAUGGUAACGGUCAAUAAAAAAGCUGAACAAAGGA